CCACUGUAAAUAUCGAAACACAUUGGGCACUGUGUGCCGGAUCGCUAGGAUAUUUAAAGGAAAAGUGUCAAAGUGAAAGGAAAAUGAACCAAGUCCUACAUUCGUCUACAAGAUUACUGUGAAUGUCUCGACGUAACUCUGUGUAAGGUGACGUGAAUAUUCGAAUAACGCGGGAAUUCCCACGUCAGUUUUGGCCAGGUGUGUUACUGUGUAUCGUACACGGUGCGUUUAGAUACGGCGACAAUGUUUGUUUUUAUUUGUGACCAGCAGGGUUAUAACCCCUUCUAAAGGACAUAAGUGGGUAAUGUUGACCAAUAUUAUUUGGUCUUAACGUGUUGGAUUCCAUUUCACUGCCUGGAUAUAAUAUCAAACGGAACUUUACCCUCGAAUUUUGACAAUUUGAUUAUGGGGCCCACAGUUGGGCUGUUGCCAAACUUUGGUUAUUUUGAUUCUGUUUACAUAAAAAGUAAAUGAAUAUGUAGACAACGAUGGUGAUGAGACGAGAAUUCGUUGCUGUUGAUGGAUGAUAAUUCUUGUGAACUAAGAUCAAACGAUGCCGAUGAAAGUGACCGUCUGUUUCGAUCGAGUUCGAGUGAUCGUUCCUUGUGGUGAUGGACAUAUCUUGGUGGGAGAAUUGAUCUCUAAAGCUAUUUUACGGUACAAGAAGGCCAUUGGAAAGUCAAGUGACCACUGGGUGACAGUCCACAACCUUAAGACCAGCACUGACGGUGGAAUACUUGACCCAGAUGACAUACUCAACGAUGUGGUGGACGACAGAGAACAGCUGCUGGCUGAUUAUGAGGAGAAGGGAGGAAAUGGUUACCAGCCUCACAACGGAGAUGGAGCAAGUGCGAGUUCAGCAGGAACAGCUAGCCCAGACAUCUUCCAGCCCCCGGACCAGAGUCCAUCCUUUUCUCGUAAGGAGCUGCAGGACAAUCGUCACGACAUUGUGGUCACUCCUAAGGAUUUAACAACAGGGUCUGGGCUGACGGUCAGACAUGGUAGUGAGCCCAUGUUGAAUGUGACCGAGGAGGACCAGUCAUCAGAAUCAAAGCUUACAGUCAAACCAAUCCAGGUGAAAGAUGAAGACAAGCCAACCGGAAUUCUGCACGUCAAACAAGCUUCUCUGGAUGAUGGUAAAUCAAAGAACCCGUUCAGCCGCUUCGCGAGGGAUUCCUGGAGACAGUCUGUUGGAAGUCGUCCAGAUAUGUACAAAUGGUUGGAAGCUCAGGAACGACAGCAGGACCAAUAUCCUCAGAUGGAGCGACGAGAGCCUGUUGGUAGUGUCGGUAUGGAAACUAAGGAAGACAACUCUGUUACCCAGCCUGUUAUCAAACCAGCAUUGACACCACUCACAAACGAACCUGUAGAGAUUGUCCUGAUCAACGACGGUGGCCCCCUUGGUAUUCACGUGGUCCCAGAGUACAACGAAUCUCAGAAGGAGUUAGGGUUGCUGGUACAGGGGAUAGAGCCAGGUGGUAAAAUAUUUAAAGAUGGCCGCCUCAGAGUGAAUGACAGAAUCAUUAACAUCAAUGGAACAAGUUUACAUGGAGUCAACUUUGCCAGAGCUCAAGAAAUAUUCCGCAAGGCUAUGACCACAUCAGAAAUACAGUUGCUUGUGGUGAAGAAGAAACCUUCUUUACCAAAGAACCCUCCCCCUGUUGCCCCUAAACCUAGGAGCCACACACCUGUGAAGCCCUCUCCUCUUACUCUCCCCAUUACAAACAAGCUGGAUUUAGUGGACCAGUUAUCUCCCCUUAGCCCAGAGAUCACAAGUACUCCCACAGGAUCUGUACAGGGCAAUAGUCCGGACACGCAGGAUGGGAAGUCUCCUCUCUCACAGCGUACCUUCAGGGAGCCUAUAAGAUCAGGCCAUUAUGUUAACCCUCUGUCCCCCAUCCGUAAAGUACCGCCAGCCCCUCCAACUAGGAGUCCAAAGACCUCGUUAUCAGCAAAUCCUGAGAUAACUGUUUCAUCUAUCAAGGCUCCAACCAAUACUAAGAGGAUUGGCAAGAAAAUUGCCAUUGAACUCACUAAAGGUCCCCAGGGGCUGGGGUUCAGUGUGACGACUCGAGACAACCCUGCCGGUGGGGACUCGCCUAUCUACAUCAAAAACAUACUCCCAAAGGGAGCAGCUAUUACAGAUGGGCGGCUCAAGGCUGGUGACAGGCUUUUAGAGGUGAAUGGGGAGGACAUGACCGGGAAGACCCAGUCUGAGGCAGUGGCGCGACUAAAAAGUUGUGACCCAGGCAGUCUUGUCCAAAUUGUUGUGUCGAGGCAGGAAUUAGAACAGGACGAGAGAUUCCGUGUUCCUCGGAAACUGGAUAAUGAGAAAGAAAACCAAAAACAAAAUGUCUUGCAGCCUGCAGAAAAGUCAGGUGAUGACGGCACACUGGUGGGAAUGAGGAACAAGGAGGUCCUUACCCUUGACAUUCCGCUCAAAGAAUCAGGGUCAGCGGGGUUAGGGGUCAGUGUCAAGGGUAAGACCCAGACCACUGAGCAUGGGCAAAGGGAUCUGGGCAUCUUCAUCAAGGCUGUGAUACAUGGAGGGGCUGCUUCAAAGGAUGGAAGGCUAAUAAUCAAUGACCAACUGUUAGAAGUGAAUGGUGAUGUGUUACAUGGACUAUCUAACACUGAAGCUAUGGAAACAUUACGGAACUCUAUGCAGAAAGACGGUCCUCUAUUAGGGUAUAUACACCUUGUGAUUGCACGGAGAAUAGGGGCCCCCUCCCCGUCUCCCUAUCAGGAGUACAGUACAGACUACAUGUUAUUUGAUGAACAACGGACUAGUGGUGAUGAUAGUCAAGAAAGUAAAGUAGAAACAGAAAGUGAUCGGACGUCAGGUGCUAAGGGAAGUAACUCUAAAGAAAGUAAUAAUAAUAUCAAGGAUUAUAUAGAUGGUGCUAAGGCGCGUAAUUCUGCUUUGGAGCGGCUAAUGAGCGGGGGUAAUGGCCUGCGAAAUGACUCUUACACACGCGCUACAAGUGAGCAAGAUGUGGAAGGGGUUGGGCUCCGUAAUGAGUCAUACACACGGGCCACCAAUGAUAGUGCUAAUAUGUUUUUACCAGGAAUGUCUCCUGCAGCUAAUCACCAGCGGAGUGCCCCCACCCUCAGGUCCCGGGGGACGGAGGCAGUGAUGAUCGAGGAUGACCCCGGCAGUAAAAAGCAGAAUUACGACAUGAAGAUGCGUCCACAUUCAACACUGGGAAUCCUAAGAGGGUCCCCUCCUCACUCCAACAGCAGCAGCUCCGAAGACUUGAGGGAACAGCCACCCAGCUGGCUACGAGGCCCAGACUGGAACCGUCAUCCAAGUGCACCCGGUGAUCGCCAUCCAAGUACCACCAGUGAGGAACCCAUGAGUCCCCUAGUGACAGAACCAUUUGCACGGGAUGCUAUGGGACGACAGAGCAUGUCUGAAAAAAGGCGCGGCCAUCAGGACCCACGGGGAAGCGAGUAUUACCAACGGGCCAAGACCUUGCGGGACAGUCAGAAAGAUGAAAAGACAAAAAACCGUCGCUCAGCCUCCUUUCAUGUGGCAGGUCAAGGUCACCAGCGACGAGCUCCAGGUAUGGUACGGGUCGGCUCAGCCGAGUCUCUCAUCAGUCGCUCGAAACCUAACAUUCCCCCUCUACAGCUGUAUGGAAACACAGGGCCUGCCCAGAAAUCAACGUCCAGCUCAAACUUAAAGCGAUGCAGUUCCCUUGAGAAUCUGACCAUGGCUGGGCCAGGUGACCAGGACGAUAGCGGAGAGAUUGCCGACAGUGACGAGGACGAUCCUAGUCAAGAGGAAGAUACUCCUGUAGUCCCGCGGUCAAUGAUGGCAAGGGGACGGGGAACUAACGACAGCUUUAGGGCCGCAGUGGACAGGUCUUAUGAUCCUGUGGAACAUUCCACUAUGGAAACUCGGGAAGGUAUGUAUAGCAAUAGUGAAGGCCACCCACACGACGGCGGACACACACUUCUGUCCCUACAAGGCAGUAUGGGGUUCACAUAUUCGGGAUAUGUGGAAGAGGAAAGUAGUGGCGAGAUUUCGGGGCGGACAAACUCAGCGCGUUCGUCAGUCAGCAGUGAUGCUACAAGUGAUGACAAAAAGGGUGGCAGGCGGAAAAACAAAGAUAAAAAGGGAGGGAAUAUCUUCAAGGGUAUUUUCAGACUUGGCCGAAACAAAAAGUCUGCUGAAGAAAAUGCAAAGACUGAGGUAGACAAGCAGGAGGAAGAAGCAGAGCGCCAUUUUAUCUCUCGGGACAUGGGCAACAACAGGCAACAUGAUGCUGACGGCAAUAUGGGUCAGCGAUGGACCUCAGUACCAGACACACACCAGUCUUACCCUGUCUCACUCCCCCAGCAACCUUCUUCCACCUCCCUAGACAGUGAUAACCACAUCAUCAGAGGGGCCACCCCCAACAACAUGUCGCGUGCUGAAUGGAUCCAGCACCUGCGUGCUGAACACCAGCGAAAACACAAGGAGCGUCAGGGGCGGUAUCCACUUGAUGAUCGUGAGGAGGGGUAUGAGCGAGAACUACAGGAAACAGAGGAACAACUGGUACCUCCCAUGUACAGGCAAUACAGACCCAACUCAAGGCAAGCAGCAGAAGGGUACAAGUAUGAUGAUCAGCCAAGGUCAACAUCAAGUGAAGGUUAUAUGUAUGAAGGUCAAGGUCAUCCAAGGUCAAGGCCUAGUUCUAGACAACAAUAUGAGAGGCCACCACCUCAGCCCCACAGCUACACAGACUACAUGUACCAGAGUGCCCCGCCCAACGUCUCCUACCAGCCCCCAGCACCUUGGCCCCACCCUGGCCAAGAUAACCCUCACCUGCAGCAUAAUUACCCCCAUGUCCGUCAGAACAGUGACUCUUACUCCGACCGAGAUCAGUUCCCACGGCAGCCCCCAUCUCGAAGUCAUACCCCUAUAGAACAAUGGCAUGACAACCACCUCAGUUACCAUCGAAAACCGUUAUACACAUCGGCAGAAGUACACCCCACAGACAGUAAUUAUGGUUAUAAUGACGCAGUGUAUACCUAUAGAGAACCUGUAUAUCCGCCAGUGGCAGGCAAGAGACAAGUGCAUACGAUAACACAGCCAGGGUCGGCUAAAGUAUGACCCCCAGUGUCCCUGGAAAGGGUUGUCCGCUGAUAUAUAGAACACUUUCAGUGUCCAGAAAUAGGGCCAAAAUUUCACUCCAAAAAAGUGCUUUCUGCUAUCGUUAAAUUGCUCAGUUAGUGAGCAACAACAGUAUAGCAUGGACCCGAGUUUUAUCAUGUCGACCAAGUGUGUUCUCCACUUCCAAUGCCAAGUACCUGUGCACCAAUACAGCCCAGAUUGGGUCCAAGUUUCGUCACAAUAAGUGUGUUCUCCACAUAUGAUCAUUUCAACAUUCGCCACGUAUGUGACGUGGAUACUUGUCGCCAGAUUUUGCAGUACUAUGUGACAUGCCGUUGUGAGUACACAGUGUAUACCAAGACCAAACGCGAUGUUUAAGGUUGUGUACAUGAGUUUACUAUCUCACAUGUAGCUUGGUAAUCUGUAAUCUAAUAAAGUGGAUCCUUUUCACAAGUUAGAAUAUUGUAUGACAGAUUGCCAAUUUGUAUAAAUGCAAACAUGAAAAAGUCAACACUGAUGCCAUAAUUGCUGCAAAUCUGAAAUUUUGAACUAUAUUGGACUAAAGCCAUGUUACAUCACUAGUUAACCCAAUUACACCUGAAGUCACAUUUGAACCUUACCAUAUCAAGGACUGGGCAAUUCCAGUUUAUAAAUUUAGGGGUGAAUGAAUUAAUGCCACAGAAGUAUGCUAGAAAAAUGCCAUGAUCACCAAAAAAUGGUUCUCCAUACAGAAUAUCAUGAGUCAAUACUUUACUAAUAAGAAUACAAUAAUCAGCCAUGAUCACCAAAAUAUCCAUGUACUGAUUUUUUUUAGUAUGAUUGUGAUUUCAGUUUUAGUAUGUAGAUGGCAGUGGUUAUACAUAUACCAGACAUGAUCAUUGUAUACAUUGUAUUGAACUUAAAUCAGUGUUCUUAUUAUAAGACAGAAACUUAUACAGUGAAAUCAUGUAAAAUAUUUAAGAAAAAAUGUCUUUUCAUUUUGACAAGGCCCUCAUUCAGUGAAAUUGCAUUUCAACAAGUACUUUAGAAUAAGACAUUUUUUGCAAAUUGUGCUUCUGAAAAUAGAUCGGGAACAGUUAAUUAUCAGACCUUCAUACAGUGUAUUCCUGUCUCAUAUUGUAAUUAGAGUAAUUAACAAAUUCUAAACUUUCAAUUAAUUUAUUUUCCUGACUCCGUCUAGCAUAGGGAUAUGUAAUAGGUUAUCAAGGCUAACCGAUUAUAUUUUUUUAUUACUCAAGAAUCAUUUGAUCGGUUUUCGUGAUAAUUAACUUAUUUUGUUUAUCUCUGAAGACAUAAUCAAGGUGAAAUUGUUUUACUGAAACAAACAUUUGAACAAGAUCAACUUCUGUCCCUAUGAAGAUUUCACAUUGUAAGGGAUGUAGCUCUGCAAGAAAUUUUGAGAAUAGGUUUUUUUCAGAACAAGUUAGUGAUAAAUUGAAUAUAUAUAUUUUUGUAAAUAUAGAAAAGAAAAACUAAACAGUUGAAAAAAAGUUCACAUUUAGUUCUAAUUUUCUUUAAAUGUUAAUGAAAUUCAAACAUGCCCCAAAGGUAAAAUAGAUUUUUUCUUUCAACAGUGUUAAAAUCUAGAUAGCCAACCUUUUGUCUAUUUAUUUUCUGUAAUAAGAUUUUUAAAAAACUGUCUAUAAAACCUUUUUGUUAUUUUAGAGGUAAACAAAAUAAGGUUUUACUCAAAUGAAAAAUUGAUCACAUUUUUUUUGUGAAUAAUGAAAAAGAUUCCAUAUCCGAGUUGUACUUUUGAGAGUGGUCCUCUUCAAAAGACAGUAAUUUUUCAUAAAGGAAUCAAAUGAAAUGCAAUAUAUAUAUCGGGUAAUGUUCUUUUAUUUUUUGUGUAUGUGUGGUCCAUGUAUGUCAAGAAAAACCAGUGUCUUUCAGUUGUACACUUUGUAAAUGUUUUUUGUGUUUAAUGAGACAGAACACAGUAAUAUUAAUGUUGUACAUGUACAAAGAAUAUAGUAGCAUAGUUGUUAUGUAGCUGAUGGUACCAAUGUACUUAUGUGUUUGUAUAGUCUUGAAUGUGUCAUUGUAUACUGCACUGUUGUUCAAUUAACAUGGUUCAUACUUGUGUUAUAUACUUUCCCCUUCUAAUUUCACAGGACCAGUGUAUCUUGUCUCGUGGAAAAUCAUGUAAUGUUUUCUUGUGUAUUUGUCUCUAUAUUUUGAAUUGAAACUCUUAACAUUAAAUUUUAAUAUUUUAACAAAAAUGUCUUAUAUGAAUUAGGGUAGAACUACUUGAUAUACUAUUUAUGAUUAUAACCAAGUAAUUGAGUAGAGUCAAUAUCAGAUACAGAUUUAAUACAUCUACAGGUGUGUAUAAAUGUUAAUAAUAUUUAAAAUCUGGGUCCAAUGUAUGUUCAAUAUAGCAAUUUGAUCCAGUUUCUUAACAACUAUCAUAAUCUUUCCACUAGACGUUCAGAUGUAACACCAUUUCUGCAUUUCUUGCUGUUGAUGCGUUCAUUUUCAUAAAACUGUAUUUUUGGCGAUAUAUUUGAUGAUAAUUUAAGAGAAUUGUACAAGGUGUACUUUCAUUAAAGGGAAAGUUGUCAAAGGGGAGAUAAUAAACGCAUGCACAUGUAUAAUGUACAAGACAGAAUAUAUCCUUAACUAACAUAAACCACAGGUAUUAUGUGUAAAACUAUUGACUAAAUCAGUGAAAGUUCCUGUGUAUGUGGUAUUUAAAUUCAGCAACUGUUUGGUAAUUUAUGUAUAUAGAUUAUGUGAAUGUUUCAAGGUGCUAUAAUCGUUUGCUACAGAAGUAUAAUUGUGAGGGUUGAUCCGUUAAUCAUGGCCACAUAUUUGUUUUAUCUGUUUCGCUAGCUCUGUACCGUCAAGUAGAUGUAUCACGGUAGGAUAAUGGUUUUAUUGACCAUUUCUUGAUUUCAAUUUGUUAAGAAACGAAUAAGUAGGAAAUUUGUCAAAAUUAAUUACUAGAGAUUUUCAAUGAAGUGAAUUAAAUUGGUGAAGUUACAAGAUUUUAGUGACAUGGUGUAAACAACUGUUGAGAAAAGCACCUUCAUUCAGUAUUAUUCUAUACACAUUUCCACAUGGAACAAACAUAUAAGUGCCAGUAAAUAUUUUGAUAUGAUGAGAUUUCAUCAGUCAGAAAUAACGGUUUUGAAUUUUAUUUUUUAUGACGACGUCAUUUGCCAGGAAAUCCUGUUCAAUAUAAUUCACUUUUGACACGGUUGUGAAAAUAAUAUUAUUUUACUUGUCAUGUUUUAUUCGUUUUAUCUUCUUACAAUGUAAUUUUGUGGAGUAUUUUUAUUCAAACCUAAAUGAAAUUAAGACUAUAGACGUGUGUUUAAGAAUUAAAUAACGUGUCCUUCCUGUAAGUUAUAUGUAAGCCAUAAUGUGAGUUCAAUGAAAUCCCAGUGUUGAUAAUAGGCUCGUUAAUUGCCAGUGUUGGUAAUUAGUCAUACUUUAUUAAAUUAACUUCAUACAAUGUACCUGUACACCUUAGAAUGGGCAAAUUGAUUAUGGUUUAAUAUAACAAAGCUGACUACAUCAUAAUUACUUUUUUUAAAUAGAUAAAAUAUAAGAUACAGUAUAAUCCUGCUUUUCUCCUUGCUACUGGAGAUUAAUGUUUUGAGAAUUGACUUCUGUUCCUUAUUCGGGUUAUAAUUGAAAGUUGUAUUGCCUAAACGUGGCAAGAACAUUUAAAUAACCCAACGGUAAUAUCAGAAUAUUGAGUUGUGUUUGCUAGCUCUAGCCUGUUUGAAUUAAUUAAAUGUCUAAAAGAUAAUUCAGUGAAUCUCCUGGUAAUGGUUCUGGAGUAUCUGACUGUGUCUUCAAAUUUAUAUUUCAAUACAACUGUAUUAAUGAACAACAUAACUUCGAUAACUCAUUUCUUUUAUAUUCAGAAAAUAUUUUAUUAAUUAUGAACUAAAUAAUGUGUUAUUUUAUUUAUCUCCAAACAUGACAAUAAUGUUCAAGAGUUCAAGAAUGCAUGUCUUUAGAAAUUUAACAGAGCAAGGGAGAUAACUUAGUAUUGUAGGCAAAGAAAUAUACCAUGAUACCUGUUUAUCUUUAACAAAAGGUUGAAAACAAAGGAACUAUCAGGUGGAAAUAGUUUGAAGUUGUAAGUUCACCAAUUUUUAUUUUUUUUAAAUCAAACAUGCACAAAUAUAAUUCAUAAGUUAUCUCCCUUUACAGUGUUAAAUUAUCUUUGAAAGCAACAUUUUUAGACACUCAUGUGAAUGUGAUGAAUUAAAAAAAUUCAAAAACAUUUUGCCAUUUUUGAAGAUAAACAAAAUAAGGUGUGUCUGUCACAUUUAGGGUAAUUUUUGAUAUGUGAUAUGUUGUUUGUCCUUGUAAACAUUUUUUCGGCUAUAUGAACACAGAUCUUUAAAAUCUGCAGCAACUUUUGAUGGCAAAAAUGCGCAGAAAAGGCUGUAGCAGUCGUAUAAAGGUAAUACCACAUCCAAAUUUUAAUCAGACAAACAAGUCUUGCUUUUUCUUACUUUUGUGAAGUUAUUUGAUCCACUUCAUAGACAAGGCACUGGUAUUGAUAUUGUGAAUUUUGAUGAUAAUGAUACUGUAAGACAUCCACAGGAAAUUGUACAGAGCCUUCUGCUAACAUAUCUACAUGUACAUAAGUUGCCAGGAAUAUAUGGAGACCAUGAAAUAUAUAUUUACAGUAUGCAUGUUUAAUAUUGUAAUACAAUUUUGACAGUGCUAGAAUUGACAUUAGCCAAAGAAUUUGCCUUUUCAUAUUCAUAACAUUCCAUUGACCUGUACACUUUUUCUGUUAUAAGUUUUUCUUCAAUCUUUCAUCUAAUUUAAGUAAUUUUGAAGAUAUUGUCUACUUUCACUAUUUUUAAUUUGCCUUGAGUGCUGGGAUGAGAUGCAUCAAUGAAUCUUAUUACUUUAGCCAAGAUACCAGGCUUUGUUAAACAGCUUGAAAAUACUUGUUUUGAAGCUGAAAAUUCGCUUUUGACAGAUUUUUAUAUGAAAAAUUUAUCUUAAGGCUGUAUGCUAUCUUACAUGCUGUAACUAUAGAGUUAUCUCCUUUAAAUAGUCUUCAUUGUCAUUUUGUUUAUGAUUCAGCCUUAUUUGGCAGUUAUCAAGGUGUGCAUUCGUAUAUUCUUUUCAAUUUUUUCAGUAAGUAAUUUUGAAUAUCAAAUCUAAAAUUAUAAAAUAAUUGCAAAUCAUCAGUUUUUAAUAUAGAACUCUUUUGGAAAUGAGAGAAAUAAAGUAGUAACUUAAAUCAUUCACCCCUGAAGACACAUUUGAACUCUUCUAAUUCAAAGGU